AUGGACGCCGAUGUCGAUCCGAUCGACAUCGAUGAUGACGAUGACGACGAUGCUGGUACAUUCAGCAUCGCCAAUGACAACCAAAGUGAGGACGAUGACACCCGCACUGGUAAAGACAACUUUCUUUUAGCAGUUCACACGAAGCGCACUGCUGUUGACAAGGCGGAAUCAGCAGAGUAA